GUUCGAAGACGACGAUGGCGGACGACGCGGCCCAAACAACAUCAAAGGUGUCCGCUUUGACGGCAUUUGCACAAGGUAAUGCCAUUGAAAAGCAAGCAGGGAAUGAGAACACUGAUGGCGCCACCUCUGCAGCGAAGAAGGAAGCCGCGGUGGAGGAAUUUGCGCAGGACGCAAGCAAUGGCGAGGUGGUAGAAGUCAUCAACACGCUGUCGGACGCGGCAAGUCAGCCAGUCCAAUCCCUUAAGGAUGUUGCCAGCACCGAGCGCAUGAGUUUGGCUGAUUUUGCACAGCAACAGCAAGGCACGGCUCCUCGCAACAAAGCAUCUCCUUCAACAGCUUCGACGUAUGAGUCGACGUUGCAUCGACCAGACCUCAUGGACAUUACCAAAGCGAGCGAAGGGGAUGCACGAGAAUUGCGCCAGGCUGUCGGACAGGUCAGCUUGAUAGAUGUGGCGAAUUCUGCCCCAAAGCCCAGUCUGAUGGAAGUGGCCACUUCGAAACCUCGAACGAGUUUGCUCGAAUCGGUGAAGAGACAGCAAGCAGCCGACAGCGCAUCGCUCAUCGAUAUGGCGAAAGCCAACAAGGCAAAGAAACCGACAACGGUGGCCAAAGUGCUCGGAGCCAUCGCGCAAGACGAGAGCCGGACCGUUGGCAACCAACUUGAGCACAAGAUGAAGGAAGCGCUUGACGACGUCCGCCACGAGCAGAAUCAACAAGCCCGCGAUGCUUUGCGCAGUGCUGUGCAUGAAGUGCAAUACGACAGCGAGUUCGACUACGAGUCGUCUGCGGACAAGAUCAAUCGAGCGGUUGACAUCCUUGUGGGAAAACAGCAGCCCGUCGAGCCGCCUUCGGUUCGCCCAACCAUUUCGGUGGAUCGUGACAUCCUUCGCAGUCGACAAAGGCGGGGACUGCAACACACCUGUCCGACCGUCAAGUCCCGACAGAGCAAACUGUCAUCGUUCCAACUCAACCAGUUGACAGAAACGCAAAAACGACUGCUGUACGCGACGCUGGUCGAGCACAAACCACCGAGCAGCAAACGCGACAAUCAGGCUCAGAUGGAGUACAUCAACAGGAUUGCCAAGCCCGUGAAACCCAAAAAGCGCCUAGGGAAGGAGCAAUAUGCCCGAGAGUCAGACCGUCGGCACUGCAAAUUCAAGCCACGAGUUGGACGCGGUUCAGCCGAGUCUGGCGGGCGCAGCGAUGAUGAUGAUGAUGACAAUGGCAACGACAAUCAAGACUUCAUUCGACGCAUGGAGGCGGCGGAGAAGGCCAAGUUAGAUAGCAUCGAACGGCAACGUGCAGAGCGCGUGUACCUUGCCCAGCUGGACAAGAAGGAAUGUCCCAAGUGCGGCAACCCUCAGUCCUACGCAGAAGUCCAGCAAAAACGCAAGCAAUGCCCCAACUGUGGGGUGACGUAUCGGUCCCGCUUGGCCUGGGGCGAUAUCUCGCACGAGUUCUUUGAACGCGUCGAGCUGAGUGAAGAACAGCGAGUGCGCAACCUGGAACAACUUACCAUGGAAUGGAUGCCUCGAUUUCGCGUCACGGACAAACGCGUGUUUGACCGGCGUCGGAAUUGCAUGGUCACGGUCAAGGCAAAGCCAAUCACUUGGGACCAAGUCGAACAAGACUUUUUGACCCGCGUGCGCCUCGACGCGUCGAAUCGAAUCACGAAUCGAGAAGAACUCGAACAAAAGUUCUACGGGGCGAUUACCUUCCACCCACACAUCACGGCUCAUGCGAAACGCAUGCAAUACGAGCGGUUUGAAAUGCGAAUGCAGAAGGACAUCGACCAGCGCAUGCUACGUCAAGAGCAGAACAAGAUCAUGGCGGAAGCGCGGGCGCUGUAUGGGUCAUCGGCGACAUCGACCAAACUUUAGUGUGUAUGUAUAUGGUGGAGGUAUAUUUUUGGUGCAAAUAUAUGGCGACAACGUUGACUUAAUGGUCCAAAAUUCGCAAGUCGCCCGUCACAACUUUAUCUUCGAGGAUGGUGCCGUCGGGCAGUUCGAUUUUUGCCCCUUCGUUCGCAACGAGAAUGACCGUACCCUACGACACCCGGCGCAUGAAAUAGGAGCGAUGCCCA